AUGGAGACAGUUAGCUACUUAUACUUUAGUAUCUUCUCUGCAAUAUUGGGAAUAUUCCUAUUGUACAUAUUAUUCUUCUCAUCGCUGACGUUAGGCUUCAUUGUAUCAAAGUUCAUCGCACCAUUCUUACUGCCACGUGGAACAUUCUUACGAAUCAAGUCAUUACAUGUAUCGUUGAUCUCUGGCAAAGUAGUUGUCAAGGGUCUAAAGUUUGCAACAAAGAACACAUGUCUACGUGCUGUCGAGGCCGUAAUCACCUUUCGCUACUGGCGUUCAAAGACCAGGCAGUCAGUUUAUGUACAUGAGAACAGUCCAUGCAGAUUAUCUGUUCACCUUGAAGGUGUAGAAUACCUGAUAUAUAAUAAUAGUUACAAGUAUGAUCAUAUUGAAGAGGUAGUGGAACGAAGGAAUACACAUGUUGGAGGUACUGGAGGUGCCUCAAGACAACAUAGUAAGGAUUAUACAACAUCAGCACAAGCAGCAAACAACAAUAAGGAUGGAAAGGAUGCGAUUAUAGAUGAAUUGAUGAAGUUGCCUGCGGUCAGAGACUUUGUCAUUCCAAGAUUCUAUCGAUUGUUCCCAGCAUCUUCGUUGUCGAUCAGACGAGGAUGUCUGAUGGUGAGCAAUCCAGAGUUGCCCACUAUUCUCGUCAUGCAAUUCGACAAGAGUUCGGGUCUGUACACCACAGAUGACGCGCGACUGCCCGAACUCGACUACUAUCGCCAGAUCACCUCGAUGGACAUUGUCAACACCACCAUCACAUUGGUACCCAACAAGGACUACAGUGGAGAGGAGGAACUAUAUGUUGAGCGACAACAAAAGGAAGACUUUGUAUCAUAUGCAUUCGAGAGCUUCAAGUCUGUGUUCAAGGACUUCAAGUUCACAUUUAUAAACACAGACGAGAACUUUGAGACGAGCAAUAUACCGAGGAGGAAGGGAGACAAUGACUCACAGAAGGACUCAAACAUCACAUUCGAUUAUGGCAAGCAUCCAACAUUGUUCACAGCACCACUGGUCAACGUAUUGUACUACUGCGAUGUGGCUGGCCCUGUGCCCGCCUCACCCGAUCACGUUCAAUUCAAAGAGUUCCUGGCGCCACAAUGGGGCGUCGACGUCAACUUCCAUGGCGCCACCACCAUCGUGUACGGCCCUUGGGCCGACAGGAACCGCACGCUCCUGCAUCGCUUCUUCUUCCCCUUUGACUAUGAGACACCAGUCAUUCAUCGACCUGUUGCCGGCGAGCAGCGACAGUACGCCAGCUUCAAUGUUUUGCUCAACUUCUCCAAGAACACGACCUUUCGUGUGCCCUUCCGCGAGCUAUCAAAGGACGUCAAUCUGUCACUGGACGAGCUGCACGGUCGCAAGCCGGGUUGGGUGGACAUCAAGGUGGAGGACAGCUCCACGAUGAACAUCAUCUCGCCCAUGACCACACAUAAGAGCACCGGUUCGACAAUGGUGCUCAACGUCAUUCUCAAUCGAUGCAACAUCUCCACCAGCGUCACCAACACACAGCUGCUCUACGCCAAUUGUCUCAAGGUGUUUUGCGACGUCAACUAUCCAAUCGUCUGGAAUCAUCUGACUGAAUGGCGAUGCAGCUUCAACGUUGACGCGCCACAAAUCUUCUUGUUGUCCGAUCACAUCACAUUGUUCAAGGACUUGGGCAGUGACUGGUCUGCAGGCGAGCCCGUAGACAUCACCAUGUUUGUUCCCAAGCGCUUCAACUUUGACUUCUCCCUCACCAACUUCCGACUCUUUUGCAAUGUCAACGAACAGAACAUCAUCAAUCAACCGAACAAUCUCGAUGAGAAUGCGCACUAUGUAUUCACAGGACCUUUGCUAAAGGCCAACCUCAUUCUCCCAUAUAUCUCAUUUCAAUCACCAAAGACUGAGAUCACAUUCAAUGUACAGGUCACAAAGAUAUCACUCAAACUCAUUCUACCAAAGUACAAUACGAUCAGACAGCAUCUGGAGGAUAUCCAGAGCGAUCCAUACUCUGAGGCAUUGGACAACAGCUACGCUUCUGCUCAAGACCCCUCAUUCAUCGAGGGCUCCUCUCAAUUCAUCACGUGCGAUGAGUUCACCCUGGCGGGCAAGUACCUAUACUACUCCAAGUACGACCCAUCCUAUCUUGACUCAGUCGUGCUCAACAUCUUUGGCAAGAGUCCCACAGUCACACUGUUUGGAUUCUACAUCCGUUACUUCCUGUUCCUCAAGAACAACUUCUUUGGCUACACCAGUCACAUCAUCAACCUCGAGAAGUACAAGGACAACAUGGCCAAGCAGCAGCAUGAGCAGGAGCAACAGCAGCGGACAGACGCCGAGGAUGACGACAUCGUGUCCAACGGUCUGGAGAUCUACGUCUCGCUCAGUCUAGAGGACACGACACUGUUCUUCCCGCUCGGACUGUACAGCUCGCAACAGCAGGCCACCGUCGGCCUCCACGAGUUCCUGCUCGAGAUCAGAUACCUGCCCACAUACCUCGAUCUCUACGCAGACUUUAGUCCGCUCGUCCUGAACAUUCCCGUGACGGAUCAGGAGCAGCAGCAGGCGGCCGAGGCCACAUCGCGCGAGACACUUGCGCGCUACUUGCAGAUCAACAACUUCACAUUCAAGCUGCACUUCCUGUACGGCCCUCUGCCGACACAGACCAACUACGCAGACUUUGUCAACAUUCACAUUGGCACGGUGAGCGGCCACGUUCUGGUGUCACAGAUCACCUCGAUGGGCAUCUGGUUCGAGAACUUCUUCUUCCAUCUCCAGAACAAGGACAACGCGCUGUCCACGAAGCUGGCCACAAAGAACAACCCAGUGUUCUCCAUACUCAAGCUCAACAUCAACAACAUCUCGCUCUACCUAUACUCGUCAGAGAAUGUGAGUGAGAUCCGCAUGCCCUCAGGCUUCAAGCUGCACACGGACGCGCUGAUUGAUCUGCUGUCACAUGAGCGUGUCGUCAUUGAGAUCCCCGAGCUGGCGUUCAAACAUCUUGUGCCCUGUACAAAGGUCACCUCCCAGCAACACAUGGGCAAGAACAGCAAGUCGGCUCGCAAGAAGAAGUGGGCCGAGGUUGGCAACCUCUCGAUUGCCACCAACAUGACCAUAUACUUGAAGGAGCCCAACUGGGAGUCGGACAGCGAGCGCCAGCGCGAGUUCCUGUUGCUGCAUGACCAGGAGAGCAAGCUGUUGCCCUUCCUCUGGGUCGGCGAUGAUGAGCUGGACGACGACGACUUUAUCAUGCCAUCGGUCUUCACUGGCCUGCAUCAGACAUCGACGUCGACAUCGGCAUUUGGAGCCGCCAACAAUGGUGCAGCAGGAGGAUCGAGCAUCAAUCAGUCGAUCAAUGCCUCGGCUGCCCUGUCGCCACUGUCACCAUUUGUCUCGUUGACGUCCACUGGUAUCCAUUCGACGCCAACGACAUCACAACCAAAGAGCAUUAUGGCCACGCCCAAGCAGUCAUCAUUCCUCUAUCCGACUGGAAGUAGUCAUAACAUACUCAAGUGGACGACCAACAGUCCGAUGAAUGUAUCACAGUAUGACUAUUACAAACAGAUCAGGACGUCAAGGUCCAACUUGGAUGUCAGUGGCACUGGAUCAUUCCACUCUGACAAUGAGGACGAUGAGGACUAUGAUGGCGAUGACGACGAAGACGAUGACCAAGAUGAGACUGCAGACUUCAAGACGCCAGAGUCAUCACUUAAGGAAGGAGAUGACAAUGAUGACGACGAUGAGGAGGACGCACGUGACGAGAUAUUCCAAUCAAUGGAUGACGAUCGUCUGUUUGGACUGCCAACCAGUGUCGGCCCAGAACAGAACAUCCGUCUGCCUUCCCCUCUCAGGGUAUCGUCCAGCACGAGCAAUCUAAAGAACAUACUCCAGGCCAAGAUAUCAUCCAAGCUCGAGGACAUAUUGGAGGUGCCCGAGACCACAACAACUACAACCACAACAUCAGGCACUGGCGCAGGGGCUCCUGCUCAGCCCGAGGACAGGAAGAACAUCGACAUGGUCAAUCCUCAGAUCUCUGUGUUGCGCAAUCAUUUGCGGACCUACUUCUUCAACAUAUCACAAGUGCGUAUGGACGCCUUUGGAUCGGCGAGCGGAAGGACGUCGUCAUUCGUAGAGUGCUCAAGCGGCCUUCGCAAGAACCUACUCAAUCCCCACAACUCGGUGCAUGAGGUCUCCCACGAGGAAGAGUCAUCAUUCGUCCGUUACAUCCAGGACCGUGGCGCACUGCCACCAAUACCCAAGAGAUCACUCAAUCACAAACUAUCGAUUGUGAACCCGACGCGCAACACGCAAAGGACACAAUCGUCAUCACAGCCUGCUGCCGAGUCAACAGAUGCUCACGCACACAGUGAGCAUCAAACUGCCACGACCACCAUUGUUGUGGACAUCAUGCGAGACAUUGAGCUGUUUGCCACACCUGUGAUUGUCAGCAUCUUGGAGGAGCUGGUCGAAUCAUUCAUCGCAAAGGACCCAUCGGUCGACUACAUGUUGGACAACUUCCAGUUGCGAACGAUCUCCGAGCAGUUCAAGGUGCGCAAGUUCCUGCACAACAAGACACGACUGUCCCUCUCGCUGCACAAGUUCAACCUACACUGGUUGCAAUUGUUGGCGAUCGAUAAGCAGCCCCCAGUGCCUUACACCACCGAGCUGGAGGUGCACGGCCUUCAGAUCUUCCUGGCCACGUGUAGUCAGUCCACUGGACGACCACUUGAUCAGGCUGGAGGCUUUAGCAGCAGUAACAACGGCAACCCUUCAUUCUUGCCACAAGAGGAGUUCUGUGCGUUCGAGACCUCGCUCACAGUCAAGUCCAUUCAUGGUUGCAUUCGCACAAACACCCCCGGCACCAGCUUGCCUCAGGAGAUCAUGGCCAAGUAUCACAGCCACACUGAGACAGGCACAACAUUCUCCGGUUCGCAGCAGAGGCAGCAACAGCAGCAGAGGAUCAUCCUUUCGGUUGGCACGGAGAACAUUGACAUCAAGGGCAAGUUCCGCUCAGUCAAGCACAAUGCGCGUGGUAGUCCAGUUGGUGCCGCCCCCUCCCAUCCACUUGCCUCCUCGUCUGGCUCAUCAUCGUCGACCUCAUCUUCUUCGUUGACUUACUCAUCCAAGUCGUCGGGCGGCUCACUACCCAAUGGCGCAUUCACAGCAUCACUUGGACCAAUAUCAUUGUUCUGCACAAGUGACUCACCACCAGUCAUAUUCCGCGUCGUCGACAUUUGGAUCUACAACAUCACCAAGUUGACCAAUGUCAUUGAGCGAUACCAGGAACUGUGGUCGCGACAACUACAGAUGCUCAUUGGUGAACUGCUGCGUGUCAAGACCCGCUCGCUUCACACAUCGGCCAACAUUGUGCGACAGAAGAUCGACCAACACAACGUGGGCUUCAUCCCACCCGACUUCAAAGAGAUCAUUGGAGACGAAGCACUAAUACAUCGAGUGGGCUGGCGUGACAUCUCCAAGAUGCGUCACUUCUUGCAGUGUGCCGAGCGACCAAACCUCGACCUGCUCGUGGCCAACGUGUCGCUCGAGGGUGACUACGACGCCUACCAGCAGUUCCAAGAGUUGAUCAAUGAGAUCUAUGAGAUUGACGAGGGAGGCGAGCUGAUCCAUCUGUUCCAGAGUCCUCUGAUCAAGAAGGUGUUCAUCCCACCCGUUGGCAAGAACAACGCCUUUGAUCUCGAGCUCCAGUUCCGUCUGGAGGGCAUCGUCCAGGCGGUGUUCAGUGAGAAGGCCUCCAACAGUAGCAAUCAAUUGUCCAUUGGCAAGAUUGAGGGAGGCGCAGUUGCCAAGUACGCCUUCGAGUCAAUGGCCGAGGGUGCCAACCAAAUCACAAAGACAGCCAUCCCGCGCUCGUCAUUCGACUUUAACUUCUUUGCCAGUUGCGAGAAGGUGUCGCUCAAGAUCAACCCCGACCUGAUCAAUUUCUUCCAGUUGACCGUGCAGGAGGUGCUCUCCACCAAGCUGGACGUGCUAAAAGAUGAGGAGCUGAUCCUCGGCUCACACGAGUGGAAGGAGGCCGUCAAGCCAUCGUCCAACGUCACCUCGCCCACCACUACCAACUCUGAGGAGGACCUCACGACCUCCCCUCGCUCCUCAGGCUCGAUCCCCACCACCAAGCACAAAACAACAUCCAGCUCGCCAAACCUAAACUCUGCGCGCGCUCACAAGACUACACAGCCUCAGCAACAACAGCCAUCAUUGGCGACUGUGACCCAACCCGUGUUGACGGCAAAAAAGAAGAGAGUGAUCCAUGCACACACCAAUCAGACGAUACUGACGAUCUCGGUGCAUGGACACUUCUCAUUCAAGGAGGUGAAUUGCCGCGCCAUCACCGAGACCAAUGGCGUGAUGAAGAUGGUGUUGCGAGACAUGUCCUUUGUAUUCAAUGAGUUUGGCAAGAAUACUUCCAAGACCAAGAAGUCAUACGGAGAGUCGCGACCCAAUGGAGACUAUGUCGAGAUGAUCCACUCCUGCAUCUUCUCAAUCCCCGAGAUCCAAUUCCAACUAUUGGAUCCAGUUGUUGUGCCCGCCAACAGUAGUAGUAGCAGUGGCGGCAGCAGCAAGAGCAAGUCGUCUGCAUCGUCUUCUGCGACAUCCUCAUCCAGCGCUACAUCGUCGUCCUCAACAGCCACGGCACGCGUCAAACCAAUCAUCGAGCUAAGCAUCCAAAACCUCGUGUUGAACGAGGUGCUGUUCAAGAUCGGCAAGAAGAAGACCAGACACAACUCUCAUGGCAAGCGUGAGGAGUACAUCGACUUCACAUUCAAGUACGACCUCAUGAUGACCUUCUCCAAGGCGGACCUCCCCUUCAAGAUGUCCCAUCGCUUCCUCCCCAAGCUCAAGAACUACCUCAAGGCCUGGACGCCGCCAGACAGCGCUGCUGAGCAGGCAAGCGGCAAGAACAAGGACAAGGACAAGGGCAUCAACCUGAAGACACUCAAGUUCCCUCCCAUCAGGAUCAAGCUGGAUCUUCAUGAUAUUAUACUGAGUACUGAUGCCAUCAGCUCACUGCCCGUCAAGUAUCACAUCACAAGGAUAUCAGCAGCUCUCAGCCAGUUCACAAACAGCGAGUUGGAGUUCAAUGUCCAACUGCACCAGCAUCAGAUAGUGUUCCUCACCAACAAGCCAGGCAAGACAACCGAUAGCAAUGGCAACAACAUGGCGUCACUGUCCAAGGAGCCGUUCAUGCUGCCCCAGAUCAAAGCAUUCGGCCUGCUCAAGACCGCCAACAACGCUGACGACAAGCUAUCGCUCACGACCAACCUUGAGAUUGGUUUCAUUCAGAACACACUCUCAAUCGAGCUGUUGGAGAACAUCAUGGUCCUGCGCACCACGUUGUCCAAGGAGAUCGACGACCUUCUAGACGCCUACAUCAACUUUGCCGAGAAGAAGCAACAGCAUCAGCAGCCUAGCGCUUCAAAGACGGCCGAACCCUCCUUCCCCAUGUCACUGCUGGCCGACGGCUCGUAUAGCCUGCGACUGAUGCUGCGUGGAAUUGAGGUGUUGCUGGUCAACAGCAACUCAUCCCUGUUAAUGUCCACUGGCGUGAUCGAUGUGCAGCUCUCCAACAACUCGAGCGAGUUCCACAAUCAGGUCGUCAACAACAAUCAUGAGUUCAACUGGCGUGUUGGUCUGCGAGGCAUGGGACUCAUUUUGUCCGAGCCUUCAUUCGCCCUACACUCGAGCUCGAGUGGGGCCAUUGGCUGCUCGACCAAGAUCAACAACAUCAAGUCUCAGCUGUGGGCUGGUGUGUUCACAGACAUCAUGAUGCAGUCGUUCCCAUUCAACUCCAACUCGUCACGUGUCCACCAGGGUGCUGCUGGUGGCAGCAGCAGUCGAUCACUGAUCGUUGCGUCGCAAACCAAAGAUGCGGCGACGUCGGCCAACUCGGUCAAGACCAGUCCAUUCGAGAAUGCUUGGGUGUUGAUCAACAAGACAGUGGUGACUCUUCAGCCCUGGGCCAUUGAGAAGGGCACUGAUCUCUGGCUGUUCUACUUGGACGCCUACCAGAAGGCCUCGUCCAAGAUUGCCAAGAUACCAUCCAAGCGAAAGCCACAGGUCAAACGUGCGCUCACCACGAUGGAGAUCCCCUCGGCAUUGCCCAUCCGUGAGACCAAUCUCUCGCUACAUCUCAGGAUCAUUGAUACCACGCUAAUAGUGCCAGUUCACGAUCCCGCCGAGAAGAAGAAGUCCUCAUCAGCCAGCAACACAAGCUCAGCAUUAGUUGUCUCGCUCGGCACAUUCACCUUUUAUGGAGUCUCGAUCAAACAAAUCCAGCAACAGAUUGCGGCCCAUGUGUCCACGUCCAAGCCGCAUCCCUCGCCCUCACACAGCAGCGCAACACCAAGCCCCAGGAGUCCUGGUACACUCCAGUCCACGCCCAUAAAGGUGCUGGGCGACUGCAAGUUCUCCAAGCUAUCAUUCCAGUUUGUGGAUAACUACCAUCACUCAAAGCUGCUGUCCGUGCACACGCUGCCCUCUGUCAACAGAGGUAUCAUUGAUCGUGGCGACUGUCAGAUUGUGAUCCACGUCACUUCACACCUGGUCCAAUGUGCGAUCGAACUCAAGACUUCUGGACUGUUCCUUCAUCUCGACACCAAGCUCCUACACUACAUCAUUGGUUUCCAAGACCUCAUUCUGCUCGGCCAAGAGAAGAUCAAGUCGAUAGGAACAGACGGCAACAACAACAACGCUCCUUCUACACCUGGUGGCGCACCAGAGAGGCUGUCGCCAAGCGUCAAGAGCAACUCUCAAUCGAACCUUGGCGCAAAUGCCAAGCCACAGUAUCGAUUGGAGAUUGAGUUCUCGUUGCAGACGACCAUUGGAGAGACCAGACUCACCAAGCACGCCAACAACCAAGGUAUUGAUGACCAUGAGUUCUCACACGACAACUCCCCUCUCUCGGACAGCUUCGAGGGUAACUCGGACGCCAAGUUUGCCAACACCAACGACUUUGACGAGUACCAAGAGUGUUUCCCACUGCCGCCCCUGUCCAUUGCCACGAACCACGUGCUCAUCCCCUCGACUUCUGUCAAUCAGCGCUCCAAGACAGAGACCAACAUCAUGCUCUCGCUCGGCUCCCAAGAGAUCAAGUUGACGCCAUUCUUUACUCACUUCCUCUAUGACCUCAUCCACAACGCACCAGAGUCAACCUAUCACGCCCAGUUCAACAAACCAGCAGCGUCAACAAGUGAGGAUCAAGCAUCCAAGGAGAAGGAGAGGGAGAAGGAGAGAGAGAAGGAUAACUCUGGCACGAUCACAACACCAGGCAGCAUCACAUUCACAAUCAGGAUCAAUCCGACAAAGGUGUUGUUGAAUGGCGUGGGCCAGAUACUCGCGGUCGUUGAGAUUGGUACAAUCGACGUCUUCCUAUCCAGCAUCAUGAAGUCGACCAGCUCAAACAAACGAGUGCUCCUGAUGAAUGGCACACUCAACUUGACCAACCUCAUCUUUAGAAUUAUGCACUCGGCCAGCACUGACGAGCGAUUGGGCAUGGUGUGCAAGAGUCUCCAGAUCAACAUUGGCACUGCACACGGCAUCACCGACGAAGGACCUGUCGUGUCCGUUCUGCUCAACAGUGAUGGCGCGCAAGGCUAUCUCAACACCAAGUACCUUGACGAGAUCAUCAUCCUGUUUGGCGCAUGGAUACCAAGGUCCAACAAGAGGAUCAUGAUAACACCACCGCCAACACCAUACAAACAUCGCCAGCCAGUAGCAGUAGUGGAUAAGAAGCAACGACCUCAGUUCUACAUCACCAUGAAGCUCGGCACGCUCAGCAUGGACAUCGACUUCCUCCCAAUCAGUCGAGUCAACCUGCUCAUCUACAACAUAUGUGCAGUGUACUCGCCCACCGAGGUCGAGGGCAAUAGUGGAGUGCUGUUCUACACCAGUGUCUACACCGGUCCCAUCGCACUGAUGUGCCACGGCAAGCUGGAGGGCAACAUCGAGUUGGAGGGCGUCGCGCUCAUUGGCGAGAGGAAGCCAUACAUCAAGAUGAGGAAGGAGAUCAACAUGUGGACGGCAUACCUGUCACCCAUAAGGAUAUCGUUCGACUUCAAUCAGUCCCAGAUUCUUGAGUUGCGCGCUGGCGACAUCUACUUCAAGUUCUACGAUGCGCCCACUUCAGAGUCCACCGUGACGGAUGUGCGCAACAUCAACACCGAGAUCUCAUGCUCUCUCCUUCAGGUACAACUGUCCUGCGAGACCAUCACGUCGAUCGUGGAGAUAGUCAAGCGCAUUAACGAGAUCAUUAGCGAGAAGUUGGCAUCGGCCAAACGAGCAUUACAACAUGAAGGUAGUGGAGGCGACAUACUGAACUAUCGCGAUGAUGACACCAAGUCCACAUCGUCCGUCCAGAGCAAUGCUACUACCGUCUCAACGUCAGCAUCUGCCGGACGACCAACGAUGGUGAUUGGCCAGAUCAAAGUCAAGGGCAAGAACCUCCAGAUCCUCCUGUUUGGCUACAGUAUCAAGGACCCAACAUGGAUCAACUUCACGCUCGAGUCAUAUCAGAUCACGCUCGAUCAGACCAAGAAGAAGGAGGAGCUUCACAGACAGCUCUCCAUCCUCCUCGGCCAGAACUACAUCUCCAAAAUGUCGGAGGAGUCGAUACAGUCGGCGCCACAGUGGUCGUUGGACCCAUUCAAACGACGCGCCAACGAGACCAAGAUUGUCAGGAUACCCGUGGCCAGUUUGAUCAUGUACACCACUGAGCAUCACAACAAGUCGAUUGAGUUCUACUACCUCACCGAGUUCACAGACUCGAUUGCCAUAUCCGUCAACCUCAACCUGUACAAUGACAUCAGAGAGAUUGUGCAGACCUACAUCAAGGCUGCCACUGACCUGACUCCUCAGUCCUACUCCACAACAUCCACGCCACCAAUACCUGCAGUGCAGUCCAAGGACCUGGACAGCAACAACAACAAUGUGGUCGAUAAGAUCAAGACAACAACGACAUCAGGCAAGAGAGUGUUCAUUGAGAAGAAGUUCCAACUCUCGCCUACACUCAAUGUGCUCGGUGAACUGACGCCCAAGAUCACAACGGUCUUUGGAUGGCUCGGCAUCAAGGAUAUCAAUCACACCAUUCCCUACUACACCCACAUUGGUCUGACCGACAGUUUGGAGUCCAUCCUAUCUCUACUCAAUGAUAUGUCCAAGUUGUUGAACUCGACUGGCAACAACAAUUGCAACAACAACAACACCCAUCAAUAA